UGUGAAAUUCCCAUAGACGUGUAAAAUAUUUAUUUGGAAAGAAAAUUGCUUAAAACACCUUCCCUUUGUUUUUUCCAUGUGUUUCUUAAAAAUAGACCUUUUCCAACUAAAAGCAGUACUACGGAGUUUAGUCGUUAACGGAAACCGCCAAAAUGAACCGUUAACUGUGAAGUGUCUAAUGUAGGGUCUAAAAAUGUUUAUUUUCAAUAAAAACUGCUCAUAACAUCUUCUGCCCUCCCCCGAUUAUUUUAUGUAAGUUUUUCAUGAUUAGGUCGUUUUAAGCCAUUUCGAACAAGAAAAAGUUACAUACAGAAAAUAAAUGUAUAAUGAAUGGAAUGAAGUUCAAGGACAAACUGCACAUACGAAGAAGAGUUUAAUCAUAACCUGAAAUAUUAUUAAUUGAUUUGCUGAUUUACAUUUGUUAAUUGUUACUGAUAAAUGAUAAAGAAAAGUGUGUUACAUUUGCUCUUUGUAUUUAAUUUAAAUAUAAAGUGAAAAAAAACUAUUAACAUGUAGUGGCACACAAUUAUCACAUCUAAGGCAAUUGCCUGCAUAACCUGUAUAUGGAAAUAAAACAAAUGUGUUUACUUUAAUAAUGGAUUUCUCAAAAGGCUCUAAAGCACGAUUUCAUUCAUACCACGGGGAGAAUAUACAACUAUCCGAGGAUAAUACUGUGGCGUUUCGAAAGUCUAGCUUUGCAAAUGCUGUAACAUUUAGUGAAGAGCCACUUUUACCAGGAGAAAUAUUUUUGUUAGAAAUAGAACAGAACGAACGUGGAUGGAGCGGGCACAUGAGGCUAGGCCUUACUCAACUUGACCCACAUACAAUAUUUAGAACAGGUGCAAUACCACAAUAUGCACUUCCUGACCUGGCUAAUAUAGGAAGAUCUUGGAUAUAUGGCAUUACAAAAGCACACAAUAAUAUAAUUAAUUAUGAUGCACAAGGAGGAAACGGGGAGUCAUGUCUUCAAAAAAUAUGUGAUAAAAAUGGAGAAGUUAAGACAUGUCGAGGUGCAUUCCCUAUAACUGUAUUAAAGCCUACCAAACAUACAGAAGUUAUUUUACCAACAGAUAUAGGCAGUAGAAUAGGUAUAAUGUACUAUCCAAUUGAUGAUAAAAAAGCAAACAUGCAUUACAUAAUUAACGGUCAAGAUCAAGGUGCUUGUGUUAAAGAUAUCCCAUAUAAAGAUGCUCCGUUACAUGUUGUUGUAGAUGUUUAUGGUACAACAAAGAAAGUUCGAAUUAUUCAACUGUAUGGAGUUCCUACUCUUCAGUCUGCUUGUCGUGAUGCAAUACUACAGCAUAUUACAAAAAAGGCUGUAUCUUCUCUUCCUCUUCCAAAAAUGCUAAAAGAAUACCUUUUAUAUCGAACAUAAAUUAAGGAUUGUAAUUCAACGAAUGUAGCUGUGUUGUUGUUUAAUGUUAACAAAAAACGGGCUAUUGCUUUAUGUUAUUGGACUGUAAAUUUCAUUCAAAUUUAUUAACCGUUUUAUUAAUUUUAAUUAAAAUUAAAUUAUUCUGGAGAUGGAAGUAGUUAUGUCUAUUUAAGUGUUUGUCUGUAAUUGUUUUUAUAAACUUAAACACUGUUGAAAAGUUGUUUUAAAAAUUAUAAUUUUAAAAUCAUCUAAA